AUGGCUGUCUCAGUGCUUCGGGUGACAACUGUCCUGGGACUGCUUGCCUUAAUCCUGACUUGCCUGGCUGAUGACAAGCCAGAUAAGGAGUCAGAUGACACGGGCAAAAUUCCAAAGCCAGAUUUCCCCAGAUUCCUAAAUGUCUUGGGCAGAGAGAUUAUUGAGGAUGCAGUGUCAAUCUUCCUGGGCUCCGUGCUGAGGCACAAUGAUUUUGUGAAAUUUGAUGCUAAACAAGAACAUUCAUCAAAGUGACCUCCAAGAACACACCUACAGGCUCCAGAACAAUUCCAGGGCAGCCAAAUCCUGCUUUUCCAGUUCUUCUGCACCAUGAGGCCUCCAGGACCCAGGCCUCAAAGCAC